CCCUCCGCCAUUUCACUAUUUCGACGCGUAAAAUUGUUGAUAUCUGGGGAGCGAGCUAGAGUAGGAAGACUGCACGUUCAUGUUCAGAUCUUCAUCGCAGUAUAGCUGCCUGCACCAGCACCGGGGCGACUGCUGCUGCUGCUGCUGCUGCGAUGCGACGAGAGGUUUAGACAGUUUGUUGGCAUCGCGCUCUGUACCGAGUCACGCCGGCCAGCCAGCCCACACCUCCGACACGCUAACUCAUCAGUGAGCUUCCCUAGAUGGACUCGGGGGCGGACGACAGCGAGGGCCCCAGCGUGGAGCACAUACAGACGAGCGAGUUGUUCCCAUGUUGUUCCCUUCGCUCGGACGACCCGACGCUGCAGGUGCCCUAUCCCGUGUUGUGCGGGGAGGCCGUCGAGUUCCUCGGACGCACCGCCGACGGCGUCAUCACGCUCUCCAACUACCGGCUCUUCAUUCGCUCGUUCGCAGACAACUCGUGCGUGAACAUGCCGAUCAAGCUAGUGGAGUACGUCGACGUCAGAGACCUCUGCCAGCUGCUCAUCUACUGCAAGGAUGCGCGCACGAUCAGGUGUAGCUUUGAGGAGAGGUACCGUGAGGACUGCAUGGAGUGGCAUCGGCGGCUGUCGCUUGCCAUAAACCCAAUGCAGAAGAUCGAAGACUGCUUCGCGUUUGCAUUCUAUGCAUGGUGUAUGGAUCAGGUAGAGCCAACCAGCCUGCCCUUCUCACAAGACGGUGGAUAUGAUUUCUUCAAGGAAAUUGAGCGGAUGGGAUUUCGACUCGGAGAAGUGUGGAGAAUAUGUGAACUGAACACUAACUACAAAUUCUGUCCAACCUAUCCCAAGUACCAUCUCGUGCCAGUAUGGAUCACAGAUCAGGAGCUGGAAAAGGUUGCGCAGUUCCGUGCCAUGAAGCGCAUUCCAUCCGUCGUGUGGAGGUAAGCAGGCCAUAUGAAGUCAUCCAUCUCUUGACGUCCAUUAUGCUUUGCAGUUUUGGCUGGAAUCGUGUGUAUCAGGCAACGUGUUGU